GGCAGAGGAGAGGUAAAAAACACAGACAACUGUGUUCUCUCAUGUUUAAACCUGACACAGCAAGACACCAGCCAUUCCUGAACUUAACUGACUGAGGUAGAGAUGGAGUAUUCCACCAAAACUCUUGCUGCUGGCUGCUUUGGGAAGAUCUACAGGGAGAAGUACAAUGACACCUGGGCUGCAAUCAAGAAGGUGCCACAACACUUAAUCAAUAGGAAAGACCUGGAGAGAGAGUGUCAAGUAUACAAUAAGGCAAUUCAUCCUAACAUAGUGAAGCUUCUGGGUAAUCCAACACUCAAGGACUCUAAGUGGAUCAUCCCCAUGGAGUUCAUCUUUGGAGAGGAACUGGAGACAACCAUCUUCAAAUCACAAAAGUCUCAAAUACAGUUAACUCCAUCUGUAAAGGCUACCAUCAUCACAGGCAUGUGUGAAGGACUACUUCACCUACACAGCAAAGAUAUCGUCCAUCAGGACCUCAAGCCUGAGAACAUCAUGGUAGAGCAGGACACUCACCGAGCUGUGAUCAUUGAUAUGGGGCUGGCCAAAUUCUUCCGCAAUGGCCUAAAUUCUGCUGUGGAUAUGGGCAACGAGGCCUACUCUUCCCCUGAGGUCCUGCAGAGGUGGGGCCAACGAGACCAGCGUUCAGACGUGUGGGCUAUGGGUAAAAUCAUUGCUGAACUCUGUGCCAGAGUCAGGCUGCACACCCCCAGUGUCUGUCCGGCUAUGAUCUAUGAGAUCCUCAGUCUCCAAGGCCAGCAGUACUGUAACUCUGUCUGUUGGAUGGUGCAGAGCGACCCCACAGUGCGAGCCACCAUGGCCAGGAUCAUGCCAGAGAUACGAAGGGCAGGGGGAGGUGGCAACACCGGGGAGCAACAAAGAGGACAUCUUCCGACACCCUUUCCUCACACUGAGGUAAAAGACACAUCGCCACGUCCUCAAGCUCCCCCGCUAUCAAGAGCUGAGUGCACAGCCUUGCCAAAGACUGAGGUCAAGAUGACACUGCAACCACAACCCGUACAGCGGUCACCUUCCCCGGCAAGAUGGGAGCAUGCAGUCUUGCCAAAGACUGAGGUCAAGACGACACUGCAACCACAACCCGUACAGCGGUCACCUUCCCCGGCAAGAUGGGAGCAUGCAGUCUUGCCAAAGACUGAGGUCAAGACGACACUGCAACCACAACCCAUACAACGGUCACCUUCCCCGGCAAGAUGGGAGCAUGCAGCCUCUCCAAAGCCUGAAGUCAAGAACUCACCAUCUCCCCUUCCAAAGGUAGACCAGGGUAAUGCACUGGUGGUUCCAUCAGGCAUGGUUCAACCCAGUCAAGAUGUCAUGGGUCUCCCAUGCCCACUCCCCACAACGGGCAAGGUGCGAAUCCGCCGCUAUGAGCGAAGGAAUGGGGAAGUGGAGACUUGGGAACAAAAUGAGGUAGAGACUGAAGGAGGGAGGAUAGUCAAGUUUGAGAAUGUGAUGUUUAACAACAAGUCGUAAGAAGGUUAUUGAGAGGUUGUGAAAUAGUUGGGAGUUGAUUUGACUCUGCUUCUGAAAUAGUUGGGAGUUGAUUUGACUCUGCUUCUGAAAUAGUUGGGAGUUGAUUUGACUCUGGUCACUCCCCUUCCAUCCUUCAUUGUAAGAGUCUGACAUGUUUAUGGAGAGGGGGAAGAGUAUAUUUGGGAGGUGGGAUAAACUAAUGGAAGCAUUCUAAUGUCCAGUGAAACUAUACCGGACGUGCUGUGCCUAAAAACAAAACGACACACUAUCCCACUAUGUGAGACCCCCCCCAAACAAACAUAUAUAUAUAUUAACAACAAAAGUUGUCUUGCACUGGUAAGAAGGAAACCUUGGAGUGUGUUAAGGUUGAGUAAGGAUUUAGGGAUGAUCUUGAAAGUACUAUCACUUCUUCUAAUGCUACAUCAUGUUACAAUGUUGCUCAUCUAGUUAGGUGACAGUGUACAGAGGCACCUGGUGUCAAGUAACUAUCUGUGAAUGGUUUUGAAACCUUUUUGUUUUGGGAAACUUAUCCCUGUUUGCAAAUCAGUUGUCUCUUUAGCUCUAUAUCAUUUUUUUACAUUUUAGUCAUUUUAGCAGACACUCUUAUCCAGAGCGACUUACAGUAGUGAAUGCAUACAUUUCAUUCAUUUUUUUGUCAUUUUUUUUUCUCUCCGUACUGGCCCCCCGUGGGAAUCGAACCAACAACCCUGGCGUUGCAAACACCAUGCUCUACCAACUGAGCCACAGGGAAGGCUAUCAUACAU